AUGCUAUUACAUGAUUGUAUCUUCUCAAUACUCUACUAUAUUUUCAACACGGUAUUAUGUUUGAAAGCUGGAGAUUUCAAACGAAACAUUCAUAGAAUCAACCAAGCGGUUUAUAUAACAUGUCCAAUUAGUUCUCUUUUUGUGAUUAUUGAAAAGAUUUUGGAUGUUAUUGAAUUGAAGCAAGCAUUUUUCUCCUUAAUAGCGACAAUGUUAGAAAGGUUAUGUGCAACAUAUUACAUUCAGGAUUACGAGAAAAAGCAAAGGCCUUGGAUUGGAUAUAUUCUGAUUGCGUUUUUAUAUUCGUCAGCCUUAUUCACAGAGUACAUUGUGGAUUUCAAAAGUGAAUAUUUUGUCACAUUCUCAACAGUCCAUCUAAUUAUAAAUGGCAUUUCCUAUGGCAUCCUGUUGUGGACGUAUCGUCUGAAUCGUAGUUACUAUUUUGAGAAUCGAGUAGUAAAGCACACUUAUUCAUUAGGAGAACGGUAUCAGAUUUCGGAAAACAUUAGAAUUCAUAAGUAUUUCACUCGAUAUUUGUUCGUAAUAGCGUUUUUCACCAGCGCCUGUGGUGUCAUUAUGAUUGCUGCACUUCUUUCUGCUCGGCCUUUUCACAGAAUGCUCAUAGCAAUGUUUGAUUUGAGUUAUAUUUUACUGACUAUUUUUGCUCCAUACUUUUCCCUUCAAAUGAGCGAAUCCUUUCAAAACAAGUACGAUUUGAUAUUGCUCAAAAUGGGGAUCAGAAGACAGACCAAAGUUCUCGACAUCUUCUCAGAAAAAGCAAGAAAGCUGAAAAAUACAUUUGGAGAGCAAAUGAACUUUGAGAGCUCCAGACACAGUGAUGUCUAUUUCGAACAGUUCAGGAAAGCGUGGAGUCGAGAAGUAAAAACUCCACAGAAGUGA